AUGGUCCGGAUCUGGAUCACGAGCAGCUGCUGCCUCGGACUGCUUUUCAUCUUGCUUGGGUCUCUGGCGACGCCUCAAAUGCCCAGUCCACCGAAAGGGAGCCGCCAGUUGCGUUCGAGCACUGAAGGUGGCAAUGCUUCGUGGCUUCCAACUCUGCCCAAUCUGCUGAAGCAGCCCACGUGUCCAAGCCGACGUCACUGGAAGACCAUUCUUCCGGCGAAGAUCCUUUGCAAGGCGGUAAUCAGCGUUGUCGCUUCUGGUUUGGCGAUCCUGUUGGCACUGAUCGUGGCCAACAUUAUUUCUUUCAUCGCCGCGUUGGCGCACAUGAGUCUUCUACCGUCCAGGACCCCUUGGUGCCGAAUCUGUUUAGUCUGUUCGCUUUUAUUUGCAACGGUUCUGGCAGCAAUGCUAGUUCCAUCGUCCAACAUGCCCCAGCUGGCCAUUCGCAUCCCCGCUCGAUGGUCGCAGGUAGCCGAUUGCAGCUAUGUCCAUUUCGUGACUCCUCCGCUUCAGCUGUUCCCAGUUCACGCAGGGCAUGAACUGACUACUGACGAAAAGAUCCAGAGGCGUGAUUAUUUCUGCUCAGCUAUUCUUUGCUUGUUGAUGACUGCCUUCGCCGUUCUGAAGCUGCUGACAUGGUUUGCAAAGGCUUGUCGAUACCAACUUGCCAACUCAGCUAAUGACCAAUCCGGUCGGUAUCAGGGUGUAUGUCGUCAUGAUGACGAUCCAGAUGUGCAAAAUCUUCUUCACUCGCAGCAACAUCGCUCAACCCUUUGCGUUCCUUGGUAUCAGCACUUGGCUUUGCACCUCUCUGGGGCCAUUCCCGCGGUGGUCUUUGCAUUGGCAGGAAGAUUGGAUGCAAGGGCAGGGGCUUGCUGGGAGGUAUAUCUUCUCUGGUUGUUUGUUGUACUUGGUAGUUCUUUGUUGCACGCCAUCUGCCUGACUGCUCGCUUGCCUAUGAACUGCGAAGUCACUGUGCCUGACUUUGCAGCAAUCACUGUGGAAUCUGUUUUACCGGUUGUCGGUGAGCGCCUGGACACGCUCAAGGACUGGCUUUUCAUUGGGCUAGCUCUCACGAAGAGGACCUUGACCAGCUUUCUGCUAGCUUUCGUUGGCGUGACUAUCCUGGUCAUCUCCAACACAUACAUGCGAGUGUACCAUGCAGCAGCUCUGACCCGGUUUGUCAUGCCAGAGCAGGCCGCUUGCUGUGACCAAAAGAGAUAUGGAUUUCUGACAACACAGACGUCCCCUGCGAAACUGGCCAUCGCAAUCACUGAAGACUUACCUCAGGCCUGCCUGCAAUCCCUGUUUGUCGCCCUUUACGGGGGAUCCAGUGCACAGUCCUUAUUCAUUGCCAUCAGCUGCGCGAAGAUCGUCCUCUGCUUUGGCCUGCGGAGCCUCGCGCUGGCGCAGGAAGGGCGAUAUGGCGAUUCCUACGAAGCAGCCGCCGAGUUCUACCGGACUUUGCUGUAUGUAGCUGAAAAGGUGGGCCUGCGCAGCACCCUGGGGCUUUGGGCUGAAACGAACUUGGCAAAGAGCUUGGGGGAUCUCGGCAAGCAUGAGGAUGCAUUGGCCGUGCACAGGAAGGUUUUGCGAACAAGCCAGGAGCUUCUCGAUGCAGGUCAUCCAGACAUUGUCACUGCACAGGCGAAUGUUGCCUGGAGUUUGGGCGCUGUUGGCGAGCAUGAGGAGGCUUUGGAUCUGCUGAACCAGGUCGUGGAUGCAAGGAAUGAAAGGUUUGGUUCCCGUGAUCCGGACACUAUCGAUGCAGAAGCUGCUCGUGCUUGGAAUCUGACGAGGCUGAAAAGGUAUGAUUCAGCCAUUAAUUCACAGACAAAGAUACUGAACAUUCGCAAGGACACAUUGGGCCAGCAGCAUGAGGACACGUUGAACGCUCAAGCGAACCUGGCCUGGUCCCUGGGAAAACUGGCUCGACACGAUGAAGCCUUGGAUCUGCGAGAAGAAGUCUUUACUGAGAGAAGUAAGCUCCUGGGAGAACGGCAUCCUGAUACCCUUCGUGCGCAGUCUUGUGUAGCUGCAACUUUGCAGGAGUUGGGGAGGCAUAGUGAAGCGCUCAAGCACCGACGUCAGGUGCUUGAAGGAAGACGGGAGGCUUUGACGCCCAAGCAUCCAGAUACUGUUCGUGCUGAGGAAAGCCUCAAGACUCUACUGGAGUCGGAGGAUGCGACCCCAAAACGGCGGUCGCCGGCAAAAGAAUGA